ACACACACAAAUGCAUAUGUGGGGCUAUCAUGUAUUCAGACGAUAUCACUCGAAACCCGAUCUCUUUGAACUAAAACAGAAGUGAAAUUUUCUCCUUUUACUGCUUACAAAUGACAGAGUUACCCCAAUUUUGGCAAAUUUUUAGGAAAUAUGGACAUUAUAAGAGCUUUUCAUUAGUGUGAAAUGUGAAUUUUGACAGUUCUGUGAGAGAUUUCUGCCAGAGGUUAGCCAAGCUUCGUUCGUGCAGCCAGUAGGAAAUUCACCAUGUGGGCUGUGUGGCUGGCUAGCCACGUGUACACUCGCUAUGGCUACGGUGGAUGGAUUCAGCUGAACCAUCAGUGCGAUGGCCGGGCCAAAAUGAUGAGAGAUGGCAAGCUCUUUAGAGUCAUUGAACCUAACUGUUUCAGUGCCGAAGCUAGGAUUAGAGAUAUGGAUGCUACAGGAGUGACUGUUCAAGCCCUAUCAACAGUUCCAGUCAUGUUCAGCUACUGGGCCAAGCCAGAAGACACACUGGACCUCUGUAGGAUACUAAACGAUGACCUGGCCAACACUAUCAAGAAGUACCCCAAGAGAUUCGUAGGUCUUGGUACCCUUCCCAUGCAGGCUCCGGACCUGGCUGUACAGGAACUCAAGAGGUGUAAAGAGGAACUUGGAUUCCCAGGUAUCCAGAUUGGUUCACACAUCAACCAAUGGAAUCUAGAUGCACCUGAACUACAACCAGUAUUUGCAGCUGCAGAGGAGGUAGGGAUGUCUCUGUUCAUCCACCCUUGGGACAUGGAGCUAGGGGGCCGCAUGGCCAAGUACUGGCUCCCGUGGCUUGUUGGGAUGCCCGGAGAGACUGCCACGGCCAUGUGCUCCAUGAUCUUUGGAGGGGUCCUGGAGAAGUUCCCUAAACUCAAGGUCUGCUUCGCCCACGGAGGUGGCGCCUUUCCCUUCACCAUCGGUCGCAUCGAGCACGGCUUCAACGUCAGGCCUGACCUCUGUGCCGUAGAGAACAACGUCAACCCGAGGAAAUACAUCGGUCAGAUCUACACCGACUCCCUGGUGCAUGAUGAAAGGGCACUCAAGUACUUGGUGGAAACGAUAGGAGAGAAUCGAGUCUUAUUAGGGAGUGACUACCCAUUUCCACUCGGCGAGCACCAUCCUGGUAAACUCAUUGAUUCAGUAGAAAGCUUCAGUGAUGAGCUGAAGGAUUCCCUGUUGGCCGGCAACGCUCUGGAAUUCCUUGGCCUGAACCGGUCCCAGUAUGAACCAGAUCCUUCACUCCUGCCUUCCCAGUCCAAGUGCGGUCCUCAGAAACACAAAGUCAAGUGCUCUUCCAGUGGCGAUACGGGUGUUGAAAAUGGCACGAAAAGAAUCAAACUUGCCGAAGAAGAGACACACUGACAUUCAGUACCUGUAGUAAUAUUUUAAUGGCAUGUGUAAUUCGGAGGGAGCCCUCAGAGAUGCCUUCUGGAUUCUUGUGCAGCUACAGAAAUACUCGGCACUCUGGCCCUGUCAUGGAAGGCAAGGUUAAAGACAUAGCCAUGGAAGAGGUACACCAGAGUGUAGUCCCACUGGUUUAUUUCAAUGUUUGUCCCAGAUGAUAGCAAGAUGGACAUCCCUGAUGGGUGCAUUCUUAUUCUUACUAUUAUGACCCUCAGAAUUGUCAAAUGCUCUUCAUACAAUCACGAAACAAUUCAUUCAUGAAGCGCUUUUACGCAUUUUCAUUGGGUUUUAAUAGAGAGCUUUACACAGAUAUAACCAGCCUAAGCUGUUGAUCGGACAAUUAAAAAAGAGCGUUAUGCAGAUUCUUAGGAAAGACCUAUGGAGGUAAUGGUUGGACACGCUGAUGGGAUAUCAUACCCCAGGCCAAGUCCUGGAGCCAUAAGAGUGUUAUUUUGCUACAUACUGAAAUUAAGCACACUUCAAAGUAUCAUAUGUUUCUUAUCUUACAAAAGAUUUUGAGGGUGAUGAUUAUUUGCUAAGAAAGCAUGAAUGUUUGUAUUAAAGCAAGCAACCAGAGGACAGACGGCAUAAGAUCCUCUUCUGAUGGACCUGGUAAUGAGGAUUAAUUCCUAUACCUAAGGACACUUGUGCGCCAAGAGGAAUUCGAACCUGGGUGACUGGAAUCUGAAACCCCUGUAAUAUUGACUGAGCUAUUAUGCCUCCUGUUUUAUGUUUUUUUUUUUUUUUUUAAAUUUUCACUUCUUCAAAUCAAGUUGUUGGGGGCAGACUAGGCCUUUGAAACUUAUUAACCCAUUGGUCCAUGAUCCCAAGAUAUCUCGUGUUACUGCCUAUAAAAAAAGGCCCCUGUAACAUAAAGCUUAGUGAUUGAUUUUACGGUAGAUUUUUACAAUUGAUCAUACAUAAUAAUCAAUGCAAUCAAUUGUAGAAAUAAGCACCAUGAUCAGUCGUUGAGGUUUUUGAUACAGGGCCCGGAUGUCUGACAGUUUAAUAAAAACAGACUAAUAUAAAGAGAAACAUGGUUUGGCGUAAAUCUACCAAAGAAUGACAUUGUUAUUUUGGGGAGGUGAUCUUAUAUACAUGCAGCGCCUCAUUUGUCAUGUAAUAUGAAUUGAUUUGUUUCAAUGAAUUAUAUGUACUAUUUUCUACAAAAAGUUGACAAAUAUAACAUCAAUGUUUAUAUAUUCAUUGCAUUAUCGGACACGUGUCAUACCUGCUUCUAUAAAGGAAAAAAAACACAGUUGGGAUGAACCUGCUCACAUGCAACAACACAAAGAAUAUUUGAUAUUUCAUAAAUUUGUUAUUCUUUCUUUGAUGGAUUUAAGCCAAUCCAUUUUAUUCCAAUCCAUUUUCAAGCCUGAUUAUUAUGUUCCUCUCACUUCCUGUUUUUAUUUAAACCAUUACCAAAUUGAUGUCAGAGUCAACUUCUGUUGAAAUGAUAUUCCAUAAUACCUCCUGGGGCUUGUAUAUCUAGCAGUAUUUCCAAGAAUAGUGUAUGCCUUACUGUACAAGUUACAUAUGAAUGUGUAUAAAAUUUCAAAUUCCUAAGUGUAUAUAAUGACCUUUUCCAGUUUGAGUGCUUAGCACUGUCUAGCCAAUUUUUUUUGUGUUAUCCACUGUUUUUAUUCUUAUUGUUUCUUUAACCUGAAAUAGUAGUGUAUGGUAUGUAUUUUUUAAGAGUAAGAUGUUUUGCUCAAUCCGCUGUCAACUAAAUUCUGUAAUAAUAUUGGUCCCAUGACAUAAAUCUUACGAUUGAUUUUUUUGUGAUUGAUUGUGCAUUGUAGUCAAUGCAAUCAAUCAUAAAUAUUGUUUAGAAAUCAUUCUCAAAGCUGUGUGUUACCGAGCCCUGAAAUGACCUCUUCUACUCACAGAUUUUGAAACUUGAAGAAAUCAUUUUGUUUACUAAAAUCAGUCAUUCACGAAGUGAGAGAGGUGUCUCAUAAUUAAAUACAUUUUCUUUUUCUCUUUCUUUUCUUCUUUUUUGGAGGUGUGAAUACCCCCAUCUCAAUAUCAUGGGAUUCGCCAUUUGUAAACAGUAGACUGCUCUGGUAGCUUACUCGAAUGCUAACAAAAUACAUUUUCACUAUGGGUACCAACUAAUAAAUUAUUCCUAUCACCCUUUCAUUUGCUUUUUUACAAUCAAUGAGGCUUCGAGGAUCAAGAAUAAUUGUGCGUUGCUUGGUCGGGCAAUGAUAUGAGAUUUUUAUGUCAGUAGAGAAUGAAGUUUUAUUUGCAUUGGAAUGGCAUUUAUCUUCACAUACUUGGACUGUAUCUACGAACUUGCUUAUUCUGAAAAGCUAUGUAUGGGGAUCAUUGGGAGAAUUUCACUAAGCAUCUUGUCAGGGAUUUUCACAGAAAAAUUCAUCCUUAACCAAUCGGUUCUAAGGAUUUUAGUAGCUUUUAAUAGUUUAAAGUGAAAAUCACUGACAGAUUUAUUUAUGGAAUACUCCUGUGGUAAUAGUUGGCAACAGGCUACUAGUCAUUGGAUUAAUACUGCAUACAGAAUGAUAUAUAUUUGUGUUUUACUUGCAUAAUUUGUACAAGAAUAAUACAUUGUAUCAGGUACAAAUCAUAGAUGUGGAAGGAUAUUCACUAUAGAUGAAUUUCAAAUUGAAAUUAUGUCUUGUAAAUACAUAUACUUCAAAUUAUGUGUGCAGGGAGAGUCACGGUAUACAUGUAUUAAUAGUCGUACACAGAGCAGUAUAUUUCCUUGUAGAGGAAAUUUCUUGUUUAAAAUUCAUAACCGUGCUCAAAAUUGAAAUGCCUGUAUAUAAAUGUUUAUUUUUGUAUUUCUGUUUUAAUGAAAUUGUUACUCUGUAAUGCAAUUGUCAUAUGUUCAUAAAGUGAGUUAUUGAUUUGUUAUGGGUCUUUUUUUUUCUUUGUUCACCUGUUCAGCAUUUUAUAAUGCAAAUUAUAACAUGCUCAUUUGUUUAAUCAUGGACCUAUGAAGAGAUGGACUAUCAACGCGAGCAUUUCUUUGGUCCAAUGAUAGUCACCGUCGCUUGGUUAUGCACAUCUUAAUGAGAACAUACAGGUGUUGUAACAAUAGCAAUUACCAUGACUACCAAGGCGUAUCUGAUUACCAAAAGACGGAACAGUUACCCGGUCUUGAUUUUUGUUGGCUGAUACCCUGUUUUAGCAUGAGCCUUUCAGUCAACAUGCUUCAUAUUUGGAGCGGCAAACUUGAGAAGCAGACGAUCUUUAUGAUAUAAAAUAUGAUAUCAUAGAUCCGCUAACUACCGCUAACACAUAAGGACCUCAAUAACAUUGAGAGAUACACGAUCUAUAUAUGUUAUGUACCACGUAUAUCUGGAAUAUUAUGGAGAAACUUGGGAAAAUUAAAUUUCAAAUGGUGAACAAUCAAUCACAGUAUUGCCUUUAUAUCAAAAUAUGCAGACAUUUCUCCCAAAUAAAACAUAUGGAACUAAGAUUAUUAAAGGUAUAAAAGAACUGCACAUCGAUUUUCCAUGAUUUAAGUGAUUUGUUGUCUAUUGCGCAUAUAAUUUGUGAAAUAUAAAUGUCCAGUCACGAACUGCUUCCGUCCCUUCUCACGGUGACGAUCAUUGAACCAAAGAAGACUAGUAUGAAGAGAAUGUUAUUCAGAGGACAAUUACAGUCACCUGUUAGUGAAUUCAUUAGGUAAGCGAUGAAUGUCCAUCUCUUCAUAGGUCCAUGGUUUAAUACACCAAUCUUGAUCAGGGUAUCGAUACAAUUUGCUUAACCUCGCCUCCCCCCUAAAAAUCACCCUUGACAAUUAAUUGAAGUGCAGACACAUGGCCCUGUGGCAAAUUUACAAACCCUCAGACAGGAUUAAUACAUUGGCCACAAUUUAGACACUAUUCAAGGCUUGCAUGUGCUUUCUGUAGAUUUUUUUUAAAGUGAUUAAUUAUUAUUAUUAUUUUAUUUUUUUUUUGGGGGGAGGUGAUUUUCCAACAAUUUUAUUCAGCUUGGGCACCCCCUUUCUAGUUUGUCUUGUUUUAUACCAUUCUGUUAACAUAAUUUAUCUGGGGUCUGAUUUAUGAUUUACGCAAUCUAUCUCAGUGUUAGAAAUCAGUGAUACACUUGCCAAUUUUAUUUUUAAUUAUUAUGAAAUCAAUUGUCCUUUUCAAUCACCCAUUAGGCAUACACAAUCAAUUCUCUCUUACGUAUAAAACUGCCUAAUUAUGGUUGAUACGGAGGUUAAUAAAAUAUGUUAUUUUACAUAAUAAA